ACUGAAUGACUUUUCAAAAAGAGAAAGAGGGGAAUAUAGAAGAAACAAGUGUAGAAAAAGAAGGAAUCAGAAGAAGCGGAUUGCUGCACAUGUUCCAUCCAAUUCGGGAUGAAAGUGUGAAGACGCACUUGUCACUUUGAGAUGGUUAUCGGUUCGGCAAGGAUAGCUCCAGUUCCAAGUGCUAUAUUAUAGACUAGUUUGUGACUUGUCGUAUAUUUAGUACCGUCCAAUAGUGAGUUAGUUCCACAAUUAGGCAGAAGGUACUUUGUUCAACAGUUCGUCAAAUUUACAGUUUAGCAAAUUGACAGUUCAACAAAUUCUCAGUCAGAUAGUUCAACGAAUUGUCAGUCUAACAGCUCGUUAACUAUCAAAAUUAGCAGCAAAGAACGAGUUUGAUAGAUUCAGUGAUCUGUGAAGUGUUUGAUGCACAUAAAGAACAUCUAUCAUCAUCCACAGGUACGAUUUAUGUUCCGCUAAGCUGAAGCUUAUGAUUAGCAAGAAGGGAACACUUGGGAACAUUCUAAACCAUACAAUAAAAUGAAAAACUUGACAAUCUAUAAUAACAGUACAAAUUUGAGCACAGAAUCCAACGCAGUUCUCAAUUCUCUUGAGAUUCAUUAUUUCGACGAUACAAUUAUCAUGGAGAACGAUUUGAAUGCAAGAUACACGACCAAUGUUCGAAUGUUCGAAGACAAAUACCAACCUUACUACGAAGAAAAUAGACAGUACUUUAUGGAAGAUGAUAGUCAUGACAGAAAUAAUGGUUACAGUUAUCAAUACAAUCGGGAUAGACUGGGAUCAGCCGCUUCAACUAUUGAAGGAUCAGACGAAAUUUUGGAGAAUGACGACCCACAUUUCCAGUCUCAUUCUGGGGUGGAAAAUUACGAGGAGGAAUGCUUUGUGAUUGAUAAUAUUUUCCAAAAUCAAAGCAGCCAGUAUUUGGGUGACGUGGAAGAGGUGGUUGAAUCUGCAGGUGGAGGAGGAUAUGAGAUUGAGAAGAAUUUCAAAACUCUUCAUCUGGAUUUGGAUAGUAUUAGCGUUCCUAUCGCUAGAAUGGAUGGGAAGCAGAUCACGGCAGAGACGAACAAGGAUAACGUUUUCAACAGCUUUGAUGAGACUUCCGAUGGAAAUGUUGCUGAGUUUUCAUUCCCAUGUUCCAACUUUCAGAGAGAUGACGAUAAUCUGUUAACAGUUGCUGUAAAAAGUGAAGAAAGUGAUAAUUAUGUAUUGAAUAGCUACAUGAGAGAGAAUGGUGAUGAAGAUACAAGCUCUCGAUCUAAUUUUGAAAGAAGUGCUGACAACUCAUUAACAAUCGAUUUUAGCAGUGAAGACAGCGGAAAUGUUGUGUUAAACGAAGAUGGAAAAAUAACCGAAGAUGAUUGUACACAGGUUUCCGCCGAUAAUUUUCAUAUAACAAAUAACGAAGAAGAAUAUCUAGAGAAGUGGUUGGUUGAAGAGAAAAGCGGACAAUCCGAUGAUAGUUGUGAUACAGUUUUGACAAUUGACGAUUCGGAGGGAGGUUGCUUUGAAGUGUGCAAUGCGGAACCGGAGAGCGAAAUAACGAGUACGACGAAUGUGGUGGAGGAAGGCCGUGGGAAGAGGAAGAGAAGACCAGAGAGAGAAGAUGAUAACGCUAGACUGCCUUCUUUUGACUCUGUUUUGGGACAGAGAGCCAGAAGGCAAUUGUUCAAUACACUUAUCAGGAAGGAUGCAACGAGUCUUCUCAACAAUCAAAAGCACGAAAACAAGACUAAUGCUGGAGAUUAUGGACAUCUUUUAUCUCAUAGCACUCCAUCGAAAUCAAAAUCGAACCGGAGGAUAUCCAACAAUAGUCGCGAUCUCCCGGAUAACCAGAUGGUUAUCACUCAAUCGGACUGUCCAUCUAUUGAGUACCUGUCAGAAAGAGAUAACCAGAGCACAGGUGUAUUGGAGUGCAGAUGGGAGGAGUGUUGGUCGCUGUACGCGAGUCAAGCGGCGUUGGUCAGGCACAUCGAGAAGACGCACGUUGACGUCAAGCGCAAAGAGGAGGACUUCGCGUGUCUGUGGCAGGCCUGCCCACGUCGCACGCGGCCUUUCAACGCACGCUACAAGCUGCUCAUUCACAUGCGUGUUCACACCGGCGAAAAACCCAACAAAUGUCCCUUCCAGGGUUGUCUGAAGGCGUUUUCCAGGCUAGAGAACUUGAAGAUACACCAGCGAUCUCACACCGGGGAAAGACCCUAUGCCUGUCAGUAUCCGUCUUGCCUCAAGGCUUUCAGUAACAGCUCGGAUAGGGCCAAACACCAACGGACACAUUUCGACACCAAACCAUACGCCUGCCAAGAAUUGGGUUGCACUAAAAGAUACACGGAUCCCAGCUCUCUGAGAAAACACAUAAAAAACCACGGAGACCCAACAACUUCCGGUGGCCGGUCCAAGAAAUUGGUUGCAAGUGAACCAAUCGUCCUACCUUCGGAUUUGAAAGCAAGGAAGCCAAAGCAAACAUCACAUGAAUCAACUUAUGGAACAGAUUCAACCGAAGUACACGGAAUGAUUAAACAAGAGAAUGGGGAUCAAACCGCAGAGAUUACCAGUACAAAUAUGGAAUCAUCUUUUCUGGAUAAUAAUUUGAGUCCCUGCUACUUGAGGAUGUUGGGAGAAGAAAACAUGGAUGCGUUGAACUGGACCGAAGAGUUGACAGGCGAUUUUGAACAAGAACUGUUGAACUUUAUCAGUAACUCUGACGAUUGUUCUUCGUCACCUUUGUUAUCGUUAUCAUCUCUCACUGAUUUUGUCUCUUCAGACGCCAAUGAUAUGAGCUGCUUCUACUACCAAUAAGUCAUCAUAAACAUUUGAAGAAUUUCAUUUCACUGUAUCUAGUAAAUUAAAAUGUCAAGUAUAAUUUUUAAUGGAAUUUUCAUUUCACUGUAUCUCUAGUAAAUCAGUAAAUGCCUAUGGAAUGUGAAUGUCUAUGGACUGUCAAGUAUAAUUUUUGAUAGGAUUUUUAUUUCACUGUAUCUCUAGUAAAUGCCUAUGGGCUGCCAUUAAUAGAGUUACUAUAUUAUGGUUAUUGUAUUUAUGAAUAUAGUUUCGAAUAUGGGGAUUAGUAUUGAUCGUCUUCUUCUUCCUUUAGCACUACAGUCCUAUGUGGACCUUGACUCCCAUGACAAUUCCUUUCCAGCUGUCUCUAUCACCAGCAGCUCUCUUUCAUCCCCUGAUUCCCAACACUCGCAGAUCUCUCUCCAUAACAGCCACCUCCUCCUUGGUCUCCCUCUUCUUCUUGUGCCUUCAAUUCUUUCCUCCAAUAUGGCCUUUACCAUAUGAUCCUCUAUUUAUUAUAAAAAAUAGUAUAACCUAUAUCAUUCAUAUUGUAUUGGUAAUACAAUUUCAGAAUAACUUUCUUGAUUACAUUUGUUUUGAAAUAAUAUUACUCUUAGUAACUAUUUUGUCAACUAGUUAUCUUUGAACUAGAGUAAAAUAUUUUGUUAUCAAUUCAAAUAAUUGUUUGCAAGUUUUUUUUUAAUUUAUGCAAAACAAGUAGUAAAGAGUAGAUUCAUUUUAUAUUUUAAAAGUUUAUUCUGCUAUUAUAAUUGAAUUUUAUUUGCUAAUAAAGCUGUAGAUUUAAUUCGAUUCAUUUUAGUCUUUACUUUUUUGAUGUUUUUAUUGUUUCUUUUGACAAAAAAAUUAUCUGUGAUGUAUAUAAGACAAAAAAUCUUAAUGAUCUCAAAUGUUGUGAAGUUUGUGAAUUAAAGGGACCAAAAUUGAUAGGAGUAUAGAUGUCUUUCAGUACCAUAUUAAGAUUUGUCACUAGAAUCUUUAAGAAGUAGUUUAAGGUUUGAAACUUAUAUUAAUUAAAACAAGGGUUGGAUUGUUUUAAAAUAGUAUUAUCAAAUCCUCCUCCUUAUUAGAGGAGGCUGAGGUAUUGUAUGUAAUGUAUUUAUGAGAAUUUUAUAACUGAAGAUAAGUUUUGAAAAGUUUUUUUAAACUAGUAAGAAAUGUAUUUGUUGUAGAUACAGUUUUAUAGAGAAUACAUAAAUAUUUGUGAAGAAUUGAGUAUUGCGUAAGAGUAUGGAUCAGUGUUUGAUUCAAAUAAGAAUAAUCUUGAGUUUUGCCAUUUCAACAAAAUGUGAAAAUUAAGUUACUUUGUUGAUAUUUUUUUAUUUCAAGGAAGCUUUCUCAAUAAUUAUAGAUUGAUGGUUUUGUUUAUGUAAGAAUAUAUAAAUUGAAAAUGUUUCAAUAUCUGA